CAUGUCGGAAACUACCUCUGCGCCAGCACCCACCCCCGCGGCGAAGCCCACUCCUACUGCAAAUGAGCCUACUCCAGUCACAAGCGAACCGCCUGUCCCUGCACCCGAGGCGACACCCGUUGAAACAACGGCUGCCGCAGUCGCUGAGCCCACUCCAGCACCGAGGUCCACCCCAGGUGCAGAGGUCUCCGCCCCCGCCGAGACCACUGCUGCUCCCAAGGCUACUGCUACUAUUGCUGUCCCAGAACCCACUCAGAGCGUUCCGACCCCAACAACCGACCCCGCCCCCAUUGAGUCGAUAGAGGUUGCUGUCGAGAAGGAGGCAAAGGACACCGACGGGAAGGAUGCAUCAGUUGAACCCCAGAACACGCUCACUAGCAAAUUCACCAAACAAGAAUGGGAAGCACUGAAUAAAUUUCGGGACCAACUUCCUGAGAUACUUGCUCAGGCAUUCCCAGACAACCCUCAGGCCAAACAGACGUCGGUUAAUAUUUGGGGUGUCGAACUGGACCCUCAGAAUCCGAAGGACACUCGCGUAAGUGUCGUGUUCAUGAAGUUCUUGCGUGCCAGGAACCUAAGCGUUCCCGACGCGCGGGAUAUGUUCGUUGGGACCCUCAGGUGGAGGGAAUCCUUCAACAUUGAUGCUGCCCUGAAGGAGGAGUUCCCUCAGGACGUCUUUGGCAGUCUUGGUCAUAUCUUUGGAAAGGAUACCGGCGGGCGCCCAAUCAGUUACAACAUUUACGGCGGUAACCAAGACUUGAAGGCUGCUUUCGGAGACGUGCGACGCUUCAUUCGUUGGAGGGUGGCUCUCAUGGAGAGAAGUGUCUUCCUCCUAGAUUUCAAUGAGGUCGAUCAGACGGUUCAGGUCCACGAUUACGAGGGCGUUAGCUUGAGCAGCAGGGAUGCCAAUUCGAAGGCAGCUGCUAGUGAAGCAAGCAACAUCUUCCAAAGCCAUUAUCCUGAAAUGCUGCACAAGAAAUUCUUCAUCAAUGUACCCACCAUCCUCAGCUGGAUCUUCUGGGCCUUUAAGCCCUUGCUCUCUGCCAACACAUUGGCCAAGAUGUCUGUCGUUGGCACAGGACAGGAUGCCAUCAAGAAGGCCCUAGUCCCGUAUAUCAAGGAAGAGGAAUUACCAAAGAGACCACCCGCCGCACACUCGACCCAACCCCGUAAUUCCUUCAACAUGUCAAAACGCACCAAGAAAGUCGGAAUCACGGGUAAAUACGGUACGCGUUAUGGUGCCUCCCUGCGUAAGCAGGUCAAAAAGAUGGAAAUCUCGCAGCAUGCGCGAUACACCUGCACUUUCUGUGGAAAGGACUCAGUAAAGAGGACCGCCGUUGGAAUCUGGCAUUGCGGAGCAUGCAAGAAGACGAUCGCCGGAGGUGCAUGGACUGUGUCAACGACGGCUGCUGCGACAGUCCGCAGCACUGUUCGUCGGCUGCGCGAAAUCACAGAGGCAUA